UUCUCUCUCCCACCCUCUCUCUCACACACUCUAUGCAAGCUAAUACUAGGGAGUGUCUGUUAGUGGGAACGAGACGUCUCUAUUGAGGCACGAGAUACAUCUUUCUCGGUCAAGUACAGGCAAAAGGCAUUUUAGGUCAGUUCAUCCGAAGACUGUCAUCUCUCAGAUUGCUCAUCAUGGACUGCCACAUUGAAGAAUGCAGCCAACCCCAGGAGGAGGAGGACAUCAUGGACAUACCUCUGGAUGACCCCGAGGCCAACAAGGCAGCUGCCAAGAUCCAGGCUGGCUUCCGUGGUCACAUGACCAGGAAGAAGAUUAAGCCUUCUGACAAGCCUGAGGGGGAGGGGGAGGAUGAGGAAGUGAGCAGCAGUGGCGAGGCCCUCAACGGAAACCAGGGGGACACAGUAUCAGGAGGAUCAGAGGGAGUAGAGAGAGAUGACACAUCUGUGCCGAAACAGUGAAGCCUCUGACCUCAAUGAAGAGAAGAAGAAGAAGAUUUUUAAAAAAGAAGAAGGCUGUGGCUGUACCUUUUUUUCCAGGGGAGCAACUUUCUAUGUAACACAAAAAAAGCAGUGUAUUAUCCAGAUUUUGGGAUGUCAUCUGAUUUGUGAACUCUUUAACACUCCUGCGUCUUUGACCCAAAUUUGCAUCUCUCACUGCAUGUACUUGUGAAACUUCUGGUAGUGUGCUAGUCUAGAAGAAGAUAUGCGAGGCUGAUAACAAUUUUUUCUCAUGCUAAACAGGGCUGAUUUGAGUCGAAUAUAAAGUUUGUGUACAAUUAUACAUUAUGAAUGCACGUCAACCGCUGGAAUGCUUGUUUCUGCGUUGUUUCAGGUGCUUGUAUAAUUACUAUUUCAUUAUUUCUGGUGUACACAAUAUCGCUAAAAGGGUGGUAGGUACCCUUAUGGGUUAUUGGAAGGCAUACUAUUUAAGUUGAUAAUUAAUGUAUUGUUAUUUAGAUUUGUAGACUUUAAGUGUUGUGCACAAUAAUGAAUAAUGGAAUUACUUUCACAUAUUAGUCAGCAUCACCAUUUUCUCCAAAUCAGAUCUUCCAACACAGUAAGCCUGCAGUACUAUAGUUUAUUUGCAGAUAGUAGUACUCACGUCAAGCUUUAUCUUUAGAGAAAUAGAGUCAUAUCCUCUGCUAAACUAUUGACCUAAAUCAGGUGGUAUUAUUAUCAGGGGUUGGAACCAAAAUUGUUUUCCAAUCGUUUCGUUCUGAACAGAACCAUCAUUUAGAGCAGCUUGCUAUGGAGCGGGCAAGCUAUGGUUGUUUCAGCCGUUAGACUGGGCUACAGUUGUUAACAUGCACGAUGGACGGUCACAUGUAGGGGCAUGAGAUGCAACUGAAAUUUUGCAGCUGGGGAGAGAGCGAGAAAUGCUGGAGGGGGAGGCUUGACUUGAAGCGCUGGGCAUUAUUAUAACAUGCAUUAUCUGAAGUAGGGCCACAUCAUUAUUCCUACAGAGGAGCGGUUUCUAUGGAGGAACUUUGAAUGUCGUUGAACUUCCGAGUGUUGGCUUAAAGUUGGACCAGAGCUAGCUAGCUAGCUUUCUAACAAGCUUGUGUGUGCAGAGUGGCACCAGAAUAAAAAAAAACAUACCUUUUUUUAGUUAAUAAAUCCACUGUGAAACGUGAUAGUAUCUCUAACUAGCAUCGAAAAAGUUAAUUCAUUCUUCUCUAAUUAUAAAUCUGAAUUUCUGAAUCACGCUUGUAACGUCAGUAGGCUACAGUAGACUAAGCUUCGAAGGGAGAGGGGCAGGUUGCCUACACAUGCAGACACACUGGUGAAGAUUUUCAGCUGGCAGGCAGACACUGGAAUAUGAAAAAAAUGCCUGGAAUGUAAAAUAAUGUUAUUAAUCGGUCACCAUGCUUUUAAAUGAACUGUCCUGUUCCAGAACGGUAUAGAUCACUUUCGUUCACAGUUCUGAUCCUGUUCCUCAAUUUUUUUUGUUAUUUUCUGGUUUUCGGUUCUGUUCCCUGAACCGCUUCCAACCCCUGAUUAUCAUCAUGCUUCAUGAACAAAUUUAAUUAAGUAAUUGUAAAGGAAUAACAGUUGUAAAUCAAUAAAUCCAUAUCAAAUGUU